UUUGUUGGUGUUUUGUGUUAUGAAAUUUUGAAAAUUUCUUGGAGAUCGAUCGAUUUAUUAUUUCCUCAAGUACCUGAUUAAAAUAAGUUCAAAAUGAGAUUUACAGUUAAAAACGUAGGCAUUGGUUGCGAGCGCACUGGUAUAUUGACCGGUUUCACUAAAUCUAAUGUUGUUAUUGAAACACCUACUGCCGCACUUCUCACCCAGGGUGCCAGUGUCGUCAAUCUAACAGCAGAAGUAUUAUCCAAAGUGUUCACCACCCCACAGUUACUGUGGGUGCCACUCUGCAACUCUUCACAUCUAGAAAACGGUGUAAAAGCGCAGGGAGAAGGGAUCGCCAAGUUUGCUGGACUGCCCAAUCAUGUAACAUGCACCACACUGCAUAACACUAAUGAAUUGACCCAGAAGGGUCAUUUCGAGGGAAAAAUGGCUCCUCUGUGGACUAAGCAAGGGAAGAAAAUGAUAACAGCUGAUCGAUAUAUGGAUUACAUGGAAGCAUUCAAACCGGAUAUUAUGUUGGCGGUUGCAGAUGGUCGCACCACUUUAGCUGAUGGUUACAAAAGAAAUGUUAAAGCCGUCGAGAGGAGCCUUUCCUAUUUUGAUACUUGCAUGUAUCGAUAUAAAGCCUCAGAUGCAUUAAAAAGUACAGCACUUGUAGGUGUAAUAGUUGGUACUGGGAAUCCCAAAAAAUGUUCUGAUUGUAUUGAUCACAUUUUAAAAUACAAAGAUCACCUACUUGGUAUUGCAUUAGCGGGCAUAACCGAUGGAACGGAAGAGUCGAUGAAUGUGCCAGUAAAAGAUUUGGAACAUAUAUUUCGGACUGUUGGUAGAGCUCUCCCCGAGGAUAUGGUACACUUUGUAGAAGGCUGUUGGAACCCUGAAAUUAUCAUGAUAGCCAUAGAACAUGGCUGGGACGUAUUUGAUGGAACUUACCCGGUGAAACUGACCAAUUCUGGUCAAGCAUUGGCUUUCAAUUUUGAUCUCACUGAAAAUAGUGAAGACAUGUGCAUAUUAGAUCUGAUUGAUGAAAGGUAUAGCGACGAAUUCAAACCUAUUUUGAAAGGCUGUGAGUGUCUCACGUGUAAGAAACAUACUAGGGCAUACAUUCGGCAUCUUCUGAACACAAGGGAAAUGCUAUCAAACGUCUUACUGAGCAUACACAACCUGCAUCAUUUCGACCAGCUGUUCGUUCACGCUCGACGUCACAUCGCAGAACGCACAUACGAAGCGUACAAAAAUCAUAUAAUUACACAAUUUAGACUAUUCAAGGAACAACAAACAGAAGUGAAAAAACCUGAAGUCCCUGAGAAAGAAAUUGAACAUAUGAAAAAGAAGAUGUGUGUGAGUAACGGGGACUUACCCAAAGUAGUUAAUGGUAGUGGUUAGUGUAACUUGAUGUACAACUUUAGUGAGAGUAGAUGUAGUUUUGUUUGUACUUACGACUUAUGCCCGUUUUCACAAUCAAUACCUAAUUUUUAAGUGACCCCUAUGAAAAAAAAUCAUAUUUGUGACCAUAGGGGUCACUUAAAAAUUAGGGAUUGAUUGUAAAAACGGGCAUUAGUAAUCCUAAUACUAGACAAGCUUUAAAAAUGAACUGUAUACUUACCAGUUACCUAAAAUAAACCUGCGUUUUGUCGGUCUCAUAUUAAACGUUGGAAGUGAUAUUUUGUCGACUACAAUAUUCUUAGGCCUCGUACAUUUGCUUCUCUUGCGCGGUUCCAAUCGACGAAAUGCACCAUGAUGGUGAUUUGUAAGUUAAACUUUUUUGUGAAUAAUAUCACAGUUCAACACAGCUUGUCUAGUAGAAGUAGUUCAUAUGUCUUUUAUUGAUUCAUUUAGAAACAUGUACCAUUUUUUAAAACAUUGCUCAAACUGUGCGAGUUUUAUUUUUCAUGUUCAGAAAAUGAGACUGGCCAUAAACGUUCUGUGAUUUUUAUUUGAUUGGAAAGCAAAAAUUCUUGAUGCUGUAAAAAGAUACAUUUUUAUAACUAUCAGCCUGUCAUAUUAGUGUAAGAUUAUGAUUAAAAUUUAAGAUAAGUGAAAAGAAAUCGAACUAGAUUCUACAAAGUAGGUAGGUAUAAAAAUUCUAUAAUAAUUUACAAAUAAUUCGAAAAAAAAGAUACAUCAUUUACAAGAUAAUUCAUUCAUUGCAUUUAUUUUAAUGGGUUGUAACUUGUAACAUAUUACACUCUUUUUCAAAACAUAGAAUUUCCAACUCCAUAAACCACGGGCAUGAUCAUAGUAAUCCAUGAAACAUAGUUUUUACGUUUCUAACAAAUGUCAGUUAAAACAUACUGUGAUGUUUUACCGGCUAGAUUGCAUAAAUGAAACCAACAAAGUAAUAAUAGCUAUUUACCUACUAAAAUAGGAUAAAAGAUGUUCAAAAUAACCAGAAAAUUAUGUAAAAACCUCACAAUGAAGUGAUGCAAUAUUUCAGUUAGUUGGGUUUUUUGACAUAAUUUAACAUGUUAUAUUAAUUAAUCGAACAGAAAACUAAAAAAUAUUGCAAGAAAUGAUAUAAAAAUUAGUAUUCUAGAAGCGCACUGUCUACUUGGUGAAAUAUUUAGUAUAUUUCUUGCGCUGUCUUUAGCGCCCUGAUUCACAUAGAUUAUUAAUUAUUUUAAAAAAACCUAUGAUUUUUUAAUGUUACCAAUUUACGAAAACCCCAUUAAAUGAACAUUACGUAAAGUACCUCUUGACAGCAUUUUAAAAAGUAUGUCAAUUGAAUGAUCAACUCCUUAUCAUAUCUAAAUUACGAUUAUUCGUGUCUAAAAAAGUGGUUGGUAUUUGUUUUAUUUCAAUACAAUAAUUGAUUAAAGAAUCUAUUGUUACUUUGUUGGUAAAAUUAAUAAAAACAGCUGCCAUUUAGUGACGUAUGUAAAAUCGGAACACUCUUUUAUUUAAGAUUUAAGAAGUAAGUAGUAUACGUAAUAAGUACUAAUGCAUAAUAAUAUGUAGUUAGAACCGAG